UCUUGAAUGUAGGUGCACAAAGGGUGAACACGAGUGUCCCUCAUCUUCAGCCACAAUGUCUCCUCAUUUCUUCCUGAACUGCAUUCUUCUGACCUUGCUUACAGGCCCCACAGUGUCAGGAUCACUCGUGACAGGAGAGGUUGGACAGAACAUCACCGUGCCCUGCUUUUACACAGUUAACGUGAAAAGCAGCACCACAUCGAUGUGCUGGGGUCGUGGCCUCUGCCCUGCUUCCAAAUGCUCCCAGCCUAUUAUCUGGACAGAUGGCUGGAAAGUGACAGAUCAGUACCACAGCAGGUACAUGCUGAGGGGGAACCUGCACGAGGGCGACGUGUCCCUCACGAUCAUAAACGCCGAGGAAGCAGACAGCGGGGCCUACUGCUGCCGCGUGGAGAUCCCAGGAUGGUUCAACGAUAAGCUAACAAAUCUUCAGGUUGUGAUCAAGAAAGCCAGGAUCUCUACUGUAAGUCCUCACACUUACACCUCUACACAGACCUCAGCUCCUGGGAGUGCCAGUGAAGCAUCCUUUACUGUGGAAACGUGGCCAUCAGUUUCUUCUUCAGAAACUCCUCAGACUGCCUCUGGUCCCCACUUGAGCACCUCAGACUACUCAGAAGUAACCUCAAGCCUGCAGAAUGCGUCCAUACCAGUUCAUAGUCAGCAGCAUUCAGAAGGGGCAGUUUAUAUCAGCGCUGGAGUGUGCGUGGUAUUUCUAGUCAUCCUCGUUUUGGGUCUGUUGCUCGGUAGACGAUAUUUACAUAAUAUGAAGAAGAUGAGUAACUUUGCAAACUCUGUUGCAUUUUGGAAACCAAAACAUGCAGGGAACCGAAGUGCCCUGGAAGUUGAGAUCCAUGCAGAGGAAAACAUUUAUACAAUACACUAAGGACUGGAUGCAUGUGUGCCUUUGUCAUCACUGGGACAUUAAAAAUUUUGCAAAAUGUUGGCUGCUCCCUCUGCUCUGCAGUUAAAUGUGACCAGGCUUCUGAAGCAUCAUUCACAUCAUUCUAAUACUGCAAAUAAAAGCUACAAUUCUAAUUAAAACCUUUAUCGGCCUGUUCCAGAGACAGGAAUCCUAGUGGCUUGAAUGGAAAUUUCCAGAAACAAUAAAUAAAUUUACCAGAUACU